AUGGAGCACUUCGCAGCUAUUGUGCCUCUGACGGCCCAGGGCCUGGCCGGGGAGAUGCACUAUACUCCCGACAAUGGUCUGGUGCAGAGGGGAAUAUGGCAACAUCGAACCCGGAAUGCUUCGGCCUUUAUCGGCACUGGAGAUUUACACCUGGCGGCCCUCCUGUCAUCGUGCGCCGUUAUCAUUUUGUCGAUCGCUGUGCGCUAUGUUGCUCGAUGCUACCGUCCGAAAUCGCGGAACCCCGCGGAGACCUCCGAUGGCCAGUCCGAAAUCAAGACACCUCUGCCCUUUGCAUUUGCACACCUGGGGACCGCGAUAGCGGCCUGUUGCCUUGGUUGGCUAGACAUACACAAUGGAGGGAGCUGGAAGCGGUCCCUUUUGUUCACAUACGUGGUGCUGCUCGGUAUUGGACGAUUUUGCUGCAGCAACUAUGGCUGCCGGACCCAUCUGUAUCGGCACAUGAAUGCAAUGGCUACCGUGGCUUGCAUUCUGGCGGUCGUUCAAGAUCUGGUACCAAUGACAAUUGUCGGAGCCACGUAUCGGCCAAGUCCAGUUGGGGCUGCUAUUGUGGGGUGUCUGGCUGCCAUGGUGGUAAUCGCACUGGCGGCCCCCCGUCCACGACGUCUCCUGGCUCGCGGCACGGAAACAGAUGGCUUGGUAGUGGAAGAAGCAUCGCCCGAAGAGACAUGCUCCCUAUUUUCGUACUACUGCUCAUACGAAUGGAUCACCUACGUCAUCCUCCGGGGCUGUCAGCGGGAUUUGACUCUGGAUGAUCUGCCUCCCUUGCCCUCAUACGACGACCCCUUGAAGUGGUUGGAGAAGAUCAAAACCCAGCGCCUCAAAGGUGGCAAGACAUUCCGGACUCUUUGCCGGAUGCUCAAAACGGAAAUCAGGACAAUGAUGUUUUGGGCGGCACUUACAUCGGUGGUGGAAUUUCUCGCCCCGUAUUCCAUGUUGCACUUGUUGGCAUAUCUGGAGAACCCCUCGAGUGUUAUCCUCCAUCCUGCGUUGUGGAUUGCUCUUCUGUUUGCUGGUCCCGCAAUCCGCUCACUCUGCUACCAGCAGUAUAUCUUUACGGCUACCCGACUUCUGGUUCGCGUCAAUGUUUCACUGGUCCAGGAGCUCUAUCAGACUGCCAUGCGGUCAUAUAUCUACGACGAUUCUGUAGGUCCGAAGCAGACGAAAUCGCGCCACAGAGCGGAGUCCAAGGGCGCUUCCAAGACUAGUCAAGCAAACUUGACGAGUUUGAUGUCGUACGAUGUGGACGCCAUCUACAACUCGCGUGAUAUCUUUUAUGUAGCUACAGCAGGUCCGAUCUCUACUACCCUUGCUCUGGUGUUCCUUUACCAGAUGCUCGGGUGGCCGUCACUUUUCGGAGUCAUGACAUUGCUUUGUCUAUCGCCCCUCCCUGCUCUAGCGUCGCGCAAAGUAUCCCGCAUUCAACGGACCGUCAUGCAAGCCACAGAUGCCCGUCUUUCCAAAAUCUCCGAGUAUCUGCAGUCGAUCCGUACUUUGAAGUACUUUGGCUGGGAGCACGCUGCGAUGGACUCCAUCAACGAUGUCCGUCGUGUCGAACAGCGCCGUCUUUGGAGACGGAGCGUCUUCGUGGCGCUCAUCUCAAUGGCUGGGGAACUCCUGCCGUUGUUGAGUCUGUUGGUCAUGUUUUCCGUAUAUAUUCUCUUCACUGAUCUUCCUUUGCGAGCCCCCAUUGCCUUCACCUCCUUGUCCAUUAUGGAAACACUACGAGUUCAGUUUGUCUGGCUUUCGAAUGUCAGCCGAUUCACCGCGCAAGGGUCAGAGUCCCUCCGCCGUGUGGACCGCUUCUUCGAGACCGCGACUGCAAUCAAGCGACACCCCGAAGGGCCACUAGAGUUCAAGAACGCAACAUUCAGAAGGACCCCAAUUGCUGAUUUUCGACUGCAAGAUGUAUCUGUGAGUUUCAAACAGAAUGCUCUUAAUGUGGUGACGGGCCCGACCGGCAGCGGAAAGACAUCUUUUCUACUGUCAUUCUUGGGCGAGACUGUCCUGGAAUCCGGAACUGCUACGUGCCCAAAGGACGUUGCAUAUGUUCCGCAGGCGCCGUGGCUUCAAAACGACACGAUCCGCCAAAAUAUCAUUUUCUACAGUCCAUUCGACGAGGCUAAAUACGCCGCUGUAAUUGAGGCCAGUGGCCUGGUACAGGACCUGCGACAGCUACCCGCAGGCGAUUCUACUAUGGUGGGUGAGCGAGGUACAUCGCUAUCUGGUGGUCAAAAGCAACGAGUCUCUCUGGCAAGGGCUCUCUAUUCACCCUCAUCUACCCUUUUGCUCGAUGACAUAUUCUCCGCACUUGACACUCACACUACGACUCUUGUCUACGAAAAGUGCUUCCGCAGCGGUCUACUCAAGGACCGAACUGUUGUGCUUAUCACCCACUAUCCAGCAGCUUUGCAGGAUGCGGAGUUGGUGAUUCGGUUGGAGCAUGGGAAAGUCCUCCCUGCUCGGACUUUUUCGAAAGCCACGCAAGCUCUUAUGUCUCUAUCCCGAAGCUCCACACCGGGAACCGAUACAGACUCUUCUGCUUCUGAAAGUGGGGCUCGCAUGACCGAGGAAGCAUUUGACUCUCCGUCGGAGCUCCCAGCACCUACCGCCCCUGGUGUCAGCGGACAACAGCCUGUUCAAACGGCACACAUAGCGAAGGAAACAUCCGCUUCGGGACGCGUGCCUCGCUCAUUAGGAUUCCGCUACAUGCUACUGUUUGGCGGUGCCUCAUAUGUUCCUCUCGUCGUAUUUGCAACCAUUUCGGUGCAAUUUGCUUAUUUCGGAAUCACGUACUGGCUUUCAAUCUGGACGGGAGCGUACGAAACAGAUGACCAUCCCAACACACUUUUCUACCUGGGAAUAUACGCAGCUUUCAUUUUCACCUUCCUCUCUCUUCAGUUUUGCAACAACCUCAUAUACCAGUUCGGCAGCUGGACAGCUGCGAAGAAGAUGCACAACAAGCUUGUGACUGCGGUACUGUCUGCUCCGAUAGCCUGGUUUGACCAGAAUCCGAUUGGACGCGCAAUCAAUCGAUUCGGGAACGAUACUCGGUCGAUGGAUACUGUGCUAGUCGAAUGGCUGCGGAUGUCGAUUGAGAACAUGCUGCGUUUCUUGCUACGUAUUGCGAGUGUCGCUUCUAUCAUGCCAAUAUUCGCGCUCCCGGCUGCUGUCAUCUGCGCUGCGGGUUUUGUCAUUGGAGAGAUGUACACCCGCGCUCAAGUUUCGAUUAAGAGACUGACUUCUAUAAACUACUCGCCCGUUUUCUCCCACUUCACGGAUUCGCUGUCUGGGUUGAGUGUUAUCCGAGCCCGAAACGGCAUGGACCAAGUGUUCCAGAACUUGCUAGCGGAUAAGCUGGCUGUCCAUGCCCGUUCCUCGGAGGCACAGUACAACUGCAACCGCUGGGUCUCCGUCCGCUCCGAUUUCUGUGCCGCUUCAGUUGCAGCAGCAGCGGGUUGCGUGGCUUAUUUCUGGUCUGGAUCGGCCGGACUGGUUGGAUUCUCGCUUACGAAUGCCAUUGGACUCAGUCAGACCAUCCUUACCUUGGUGAGGACAAUGAAUGAACUGGAAGUGGAGCUGAACUCAUUCCAGCGAAUGAAUGAGUAUGCAGAGAUUGAGCCAGAAGAGAAGCUAGACACGGAGGAGCGACGCAAGGCUCAGGCUCUCCCUGCCAGCUGGCCAACGUCUGGACGCGUCGAGUUCGAAGCUGUCACCGCUAGAUAUCAGUCCGACGGUCCUGAUGUGCUGCGCAAAGUGUCGUUCGUCGCGCACCCAGGGGAGCGGGUAGGCAUUGUUGGACGAACGGGCAGUGGAAAAUCCACCCUAGGACUAUCACUACUCAGGUUCGUGGACGUUGUGGGCGGCCGCGUGACCAUUGACGGUGUCGAUAUUAAUGAGAUCCUGUUGAAUCGGUUGCGAACUAGCGUGACUCUGAUUCCACAAGAGCCGGUGCUUUUCUCUGGCGACGUGCAGUCGAAUCUCGACCCAUUUGGCGAAUCCAGUGAAACAGAGCUUGCUUCUGCUUUGUCGGCUUGUACCUCCAUCCGCGUCCCAGGGAAUACCGAAGGCGAGCAAUCCGGAAAAACAACACGAGCCCUCUCCCUGGACACACCUGUUGCAGCCAACGGAGAGAACUUCAGUCAGGGACAGCGUCAGGUACUCAGUCUGGCCAGAGCUAUGUGUCGACGGUCGAAGGUCGUGCUGCUGGACGAGGCGACUGCGUCCGUGGAUCACGAGACAGAUAUGCACAUGCAAAAGGUUCUUCGGACAAUGUUCUCGGACUGUACGAUCAUUGCCAUUGCGCAUCGCCUGCGGACCAUCAUGGACUAUGACCGGGUCCUUGUCAUGGCCGAUGGGGAGAUCCUAGAAAAUGAUUCGCCUGUCAACCUUGUCGCAAAGAAGGGGGUGUUCUGGGACAUGUUGCAGAACACAGGUGAAUAUGAAGAGUUGAUACAGAUGAUCGGGAAGUCCGAAGAUGAGUGAUGGUAUGUAUGACGAUGAUCAUGAUGGAUUACAG